CUUUACUUUUGAAGCGCAACUUUGCUGAAUUUUUUUUCGUUAAGUUAUUAAGCGUGAGUAACUAUUUAUAAAAGAAAAGAUUUUUUAUUUUUAGUAAAAUAAUAAUACGAAAAUAAAUGGAACUUAUUAGUCAAAGAGAGCGUUUUAUGCUGGCAGAAUCCUUUUCACUUUACGACACUGUUGGAGAUGGAAAAAUAGAAGUUGGGCUUUUAGGCGAAGCCUUACGAGGACUUGGUUUAAAUCCAACAGAAAGUGACGUAAAUAAAAUUGUACGAGAAUUAGAAUCAAGUGGUGCAAAGCGAAUAACAUUUGAAGAGUUUUUUCCUAUUUAUCAAUCAUUAGCAAACAGAGCUGAAAAAGACUCAAGGAAAAAGAGUAAAUCAGACUUUACUGAAUGCUUUCGUUUGUUUGACAGAGAACAAAAUGGUACUAUAGCUGCUGGUGAACUUCAUCACGUUAUGACGAGCUUGGGAGAAACGUUAACUACGGCUCAAAUGGAUGUUAUCGUGCAGGGAUUAGAAGAUAAGAACGGAAUGAUAAAUAUUGACGAACUUGUAACGACAGUGAUGGACGGUUAAGUUAGUAAAACAAUGAUUCGCAGUUAAUUCAGAGAUGCACCGUUAUCUAAACUUGCUUUCUGAUAUAACUCUGUCAUAACUCUGAUAUAACUAACUAUAAAAUAACAAGUGAAAUAUAAAAUAUAAUCAAUA